UCGGCGGCUGGAUCUUGAGAAUCCGUACAGUGCAAUGCAGCUAGCUAGCUAGUGGUACGGUAUCUUUGAGCAAAGGCUCACGCUUUGGCUGCAGCAACCGUGCUUUUUGUUCAUCAAACAACAGAUCGUGUACUAUUAAUAGCUACCGGUAGGGACUCUAGCAGAGAGCUAGAGCUAUGAUAGUGGCGUGAGCGUACUAUUGUACCUACUAGAAAGCACUACAAUGAGUGAGCAAAACGGCAGAAAUGAGGGCAACGAAGAACAGCACGGCAAGAACACAGAUGAAUCGGAUGAAAACAAUGAGAUCCAUCCGUCGCCCCAAGAUGAAACCGGAAGAUCCUGUGCUCAUCUUGCCUUCUUUGCGGAACCAAAGAAUGAGGAACCUUCUGCUAAUAACGCUCCUGCCACAGCAGUUUCUGCCAGUUCCAGGAAUUCUCCGCUACAGGAAGAAGACCAAGUGAUCUCUGGGGACGCCGCGUUGGAAUCCAUAACCCACCUUCCACAACCGCAACAACAGGAGGACGUGAUGCCUGGUGCAUUUCUUUAUACCAACGGCACAUGGACUACAGCUCACGAGAGAAAUGCCGUCCUCACAGUGGAUCAACCUCUUUCUGAUGCUGCUGAAGAACCACAACCGGAGAAUUUGGCGAUGGCCAAUCCAGUCCAGGAGUUGCCUAGGGCGGAACCUUUCCAGACUAGCCAGAGAUCGAGUCAGGUGGCUAGAAAGAGGGACUUUGCCAUUGUUGGCUGUGUCUUGAUUGCAUUCACCCUGAUGGUGGGUGCCCUCGUUCUUUAUGUUGUACUCAACCCCACCACUGCAUCAUCAACUGUCCAACCCACACAACACAAACUUUCUCGGGCAAACUACCUCUUUUCGCUGCUACCAAAUGACACAGUUGCCACCAUUGACCAACGGCCUCUAGACAACACAUUGUCACCAGUCCUGUUGUCUCCUCAAACUAGGGCUUUUAACUGGACCAUUCAUGAUCCAAAUUUUGAAACCCGUGAGCCAUGGCAGCUGGUGGAAAAUUUUGCUUUGGUUUGCUUCUAUUAUGCCACAGCAGGUGACACCAGCUGGAAUGAUACAACCAAUUGGCUGUCCUACAAUCGGGAGGAAUUCCCAUGGUUGCUACACAAGGACAUUGUGGGUAAUUUUCUCAUUGCAAAGAGCGUAAUUGUUGCUUUGUUUGGAGGUGGGGAAAGUGAGGAAUUGGACUUCCUCUGGCUGCAAGACAAUGGCCUCAAAGGUUCACUACCGCCAGAGUUCUUUCUACUGACUUCAUUAAAAUCCAUCUAUCUUGAUCAGAACCCACUACUACAUGGGACUCUUCCGACUCAGAUUGGCAACCUUGGUCAGUUGCAAUUGCUGCAGCCAGGGAACAGUUUCUCAGGGAGUGUUCCCACGGAAAUUGGAAGACUUUCCAGUCUCUUAGCGUUUCAGAUAAAUGAUUUAGAGGGUCAAAUUCCCUCGGAGAUUGGCGCGUUGGAUGAAAUGGUUUUUCUGGAUCUGAGCACCUCAAAUUUUAUGGGUCCCAUCCCGUCAGAACUAGGGAACUUGUCUCCAUGGAUCUUGUGGUUGGAUGUAAGUCAACUUCAAUCGACCAUACCAACUGAGCUUGGACAACUCAGCACCGUCCUCAGUCUGGGGCUCCGAUCCAACAUGCUCACUGGAACAGUUCCUACAGAACUUGGGAACCUGUUGCAAGAUCCAAUCUUGUACAAAGAGCAGUAUUUGGUUAGGUUUGAAGAGAAAAAUCUACCAUAUGAUGCAGAGUUGAUCUUGGAUGUUAUCAUGGAAAUGCUAUUUCGUAACGUUUCUGUUCUCGCUUUGGCCGACAAUAUGCUGACAGGGUCAGUUCCAUCAGAAUUUGGCCAGUUCUCGGAGGUAUCAGGCAUUGACCUUGGCUAUAAUUCUUUCUCUGGAUUCAUACCGAGUGAGCUUGGCCUUCUUUCCAAUACUCUGGAAUGGCUAGCUUUGAGACACAAUCAUCUCGAUGGAUCUGUUCCCUCAGAGCUCGGUUUGUUGUCCAAAGGAAACCUUUUUCUGAACCACAACAGCCUGACUGGCUCAGUUCCCUCAGAGUUGGGAUUGCUGACCAAUGCAAAGUACCUUAUCCUGAACCACAAUGAACUGAAAAGCUCACUUCCAACUUCGCUGGUGUCGUUGGUCAAUGAUGGGUCAUUGUUGGGCCUGAACAUCAAUUCUACUGGAAUCACAGGAACUGUUCCGACGGGGCUUUGCUCUUUGGGCCCUUGGAAUCAUUCUUUUUUGCAGGGUCUCUCUUUUGAUUGCAGUCGGGAUCUUUGUGGAUGCGCUUGGUGUCCAUGCUAGGAUUGGGGCAGGUAGUUUGGAGGGAACGCCGUGACAAGGUUCGGUGGCCAAUCAGCAAGCUUGAGGUGUCUGUCAGCCGGAGUAUCUAUCAAUCGAGCAAGCUCAAUGCUCUUCGAAUCGCACUAUGCAUACGGAUAGGCUGACUGGGUGAACUGGUACCAAAGUCGAUUCGAUUCCUUUGCCGACUGCGGAACCGAGGUUUGAGUAUAUGCGUCUGGAGAGAAUUAGAAUAGCUCUACUAGACUAGCUAGCUAGUUCACUGAUUUUCGUUGUAAAUAAAGAUUUUCACGAGCACAA